AUGAGUGAGUUAAAUGAGUUCAACCAAUUUAGCUUCAGUAACUACGACGAUAUCAACAGCAAUAAUGUAGAAAAUAAAACUUCUCAGAAUAAUGGAGAGUAUGAAAUUAAUGAAGAGUUAGGGUCUCCCAACAGCCUAAGUGACAACCUGGAUAGAAGUAAUAAUUUGACGUACAAUGAUUUGAAUAUAUCUUUGAAUAGUGUCUAUAAUGAUAUAAAUAUAAAUAAAAGAGAAAUUGAAGAGAGUAGUAAUAAUCUUAAACAUAAAAGCAGUAGUAAUAAUAUGAAUGACAGCUUAAAUAAAUACUCAGCCUCCUUAAGAAAAGAAAGUAGAAUAAUGUCUUUUGAAAAUUCAUAUGAACAAUUUUUCGAAAAAGAAUCAGAUAUUUCAGAUACAGAAGAGUCAACCACUUGGGAAACAGAAAGACUAAAAAGAAUUGAAGAAAGAAAAGAAUAUGAAAAAAAAAAAAAAAUGGAAAUAAAAAAAAAAGCCGCUGAAGACUUAAAAAAGUGGUACGAAGAAAUGGCUAUUAUAAUUGAAGAAAAAAAAAAACAAUCCAAAAAAAAAAAAUCAGAAGAAAAAAGAAAAGAAGAAAAUUUAGAAAAUAAGACAUGGUUAAAAGUAUCUCAAUAUUUAGAUUUAGAAAAAGGGGAGUAUUUUAAAGAAAACAGCAGAAUGAAACAAGUUCUCUUGAAACUAAUAAAAAAGGAGGGAUCUUAA